AUGGGUCGCUUACCAAAAUAUAUUAAUUUAUCAGCAUAUGAUGGACAUGCAGUGAAAACACUGGUAGGAUAUAUUCAAAAUGAUGAUCAGAGAAGUAUCACAUUAUCAUUUUAUGCACUGGCCGAUCUAAUUGAUUUAUCUCGAUCAUUGCUAAUGCUUGGCUUACUUGAACAACUCGAACACAUUCUUGUCGAAAUUGCGUCACAGAAAACGGACUACCUUAUUCAAGCUCUAAUUAUUGUGGGUAGUGAACGUUCAAUCUUUGGUGGUAUAACCGCUCGUCAAAAAAUUGAAAGAAUUGCAGCGACGAAAUUCCAAGAUAUUGUGCAACAUAAACUUUUUGGUCACAUACCGCCAAUCAUUUUUGCAAAUGUCAUCUCCAGAUGCGACUUGAACGUUGAGAAAGAAAUAAAUGUAGUAGAUGCUGCAAUCGUAUGGAUUUGGCAACAGGAAAAAUCUCUCAUUAGCAGUGCUUUAGUUUUUUCUCGUAUCCGUUCAGCAUUUCUAAGUCAUGGCGAUCGUAAUUCCAUUCGAGAACGUCUCAGAACUUUACCAAAUGGAGAAAAAUUAAGAAUUUCUUUUUCAUUCAAGCUUUUUUUUUUUUUUGUUAUUUAA